AUGCUGCUGCCCUCUCCUCACUCUAUCAAGUCCUUCUUUAUGGGCGCGCUGAUGGAUGGGGCUGCCAGGCGGAAGGGAGGUGCGGAGGAGGAGGGGAGGUGCGGAGGAGGAGGGGAGGUGCAGAGGUGCAGGGGGCCCACGCCAAAAGCAAGAUUCCAAUUGGAAGUGGACUCGGGACGGGCUGCCACCUUGGCUGAUGAUCCCCCCGAAGCGGUGGGCCUGGAGAUGAAUGCGCCGUGGCCUGAAGUCCGACCAGAAUCAGAUACAAGUUUGGUGAAAUGA